AUGAGUGAGACAGUCGUCGAGCCGUUUUGGGGCAUGCCGCCGUUUCGCAAUCAUCAUCAAGCAAUCUUGCCACAGGCAGGAGGAGCCAACAUCUACGUACCUGGGGCGAACAUGCAAGCUCCGAGCAUGCUUAGGUUGUCGGGGGACGGCGAGGUCUCGGACGAGGACCCUAACGGGCACGAUCUCGGCUUCCUCUCUUUGUCUCAGGAUAUCCCAGCAACUGCCGAGCAACCUGCCAUGGCAGGCGGUCAGAAACGACCGCGAAGCUCCUUGCAGGAUGCGGUGCAGCCUAUGAACGGCUUCAGCACGAACGCCGCGAACAACGCGAACACAGGAUUUGUGAACAAGUCGCAUGAGAGGAGUCCGUCCAUCCUUACGGAAGACAGGAAUGGAGUGAAGAGGCGGAGGGGUCGACCAGUAGGAUCAAAAGAUCGCCAACCACGUGUGAAGCGCAUGGUUGACACUCCUGAAAAGCAAGAGAGCGAGACGACGUCUGAGGCAGGAGUAAGGAAGAAGCCUUGGAAGAUCAUCCUCACAGCCGAGCAAGCCAUCGAGAUCUACCAGAAGAGGCCCAAGAGCGAUUCUUCUCUUACCACCUCCAGCUGCCGUUCCAACGAGGUUGCCGAGCAAUAUGGGGUCAACUCUAAGACCAUCAGGGACAUCUGGAACAGGGCUACGUGGGUCAAGGCCACUCGAGAAGUUUGGACGGCAGAGGAAGAAGCCGAGUACGAGGAAGCGCAGAUGUUUGAGAAUCGCGAGAGAAGCCAGGAGGCCUCAAGCGGCAGCAACACGACCCUGGAGCAAGAUGGGAACAAGAGGGUCAGGGGACGACCCAAGGGAGCCAGAGACUCGCGUCCUCGGGGCAAGAAGAAGGCAGCGGCAGGACGGGUGGGAAGGAGCUGA